GUCUUUGCUCGGUGGGUCCGAGGGGGGCGGAUCUCUGAAUACACAGCGAGCUUGUCCUUGAGACAUGACUGCCCGAGGGUCUCCCAGCUAUAUUCCCGGGACAGACAGACACUUUACCGCUUCUGUUUGACAAGAUGUUGGGUAUUUUUGUCAAGGCCGCGCUGCGGCCUGGCAUGGUGAAGACAUGUCACCUGGUCAGACCAGUAACACAGAUCCCAGAGAGGUCCAUGAUGCACCAGGAGGGUUUACCUAAGCUGCCUGUGCCGCCCUUGAAGCAGACAUGUGAACGAUACCUGGCUGCUCUGGAGCCCAUCGUCAGCGAGGAGGAGCUGGAAUACACCCGGGAGCUGGUGAAGGAGUUCCUCACGGGUGGUGUUGGGGAAAGGCUGCAGAAAGCCCUGGAGCGACGGGCAAACAAGACAGACAACUGGUUGUCAGAAUGGUGGAUGCAGUCAGCCUAUCUAGACUGCCGUAUGCCGGUGGCGGUCUACACCAGCCCUGGGGUUGUCCUGCCUCGCAUGCGCUUCCACGAUCGACAAGGACAGAUGAGGUUUGCUGCCAAGCUGAUUGCAGCGGUUUUGGAGUUCAAACAAAUGAUUGACACUGAUACCCUGCCUGUCGAGUACCUGAGUGGGAAGCCGCUGUGUAUGGACCAGUAUUACCAGAUCCUGUCCUCCUGUCGUAUCCCUGGUCCAAAGAGAGACACUGUUGUUAAUCACACCACUGGGAAAACACCUCUCACUCAUAUCACUGUGGUCCACAACUUUCAGUUCUUUGUCUUGGAUGUGUACCACAGCGAUGGCGCCUCGCUGACCGUAGACCAGAUUUACAUGCAGUUGGAGAAGAUCUGGAACUCCUCUUUGCAGACCAACAAGGAGCCUAUUGGCAUCCUCACAUCACAGCACCGCAACACCUGGGGAAAAGCCUAUAACAAUCUGAUUAAGGAUAAAACAAAUAAGGAGUCAGUCCGUGCCAUCCAGAAAAGCAUCUUCACAGUUUGUCUGGAUGCUCCGAUGCCGCGGGUGUCAGACGAGCUGUAUCGCAGCCGUGUGGCCGCCCAGAUGCUGCAUGGAGGAGGAGCUCGCUGGAACAGCGGCAACCGCUGGUUCGACAAGACUUUACAGUUCAUUGUUGGUGAAGACGGCACAAGUGGACUAGUGUAUGAACAUGCACCUGCUGAGGGCCCACCCAUUGUGUUUCUCAUUGAUUUCGUUGUUAGAUACAUGUCGAGAACUGAAAUAGUUCGCACUCCCAUGGUUCCCCUGCCCAUGCCUAUGAAACUGCGUUUUAACAUCACACCUGAGGUCAAGAGAGACAUUGAGAAAGCCAAACAAAAUAUGAACAUGAUGGUUCACGACUUAGAUGUCAAGGUGCUUAUGUUUUCUAAUUUUGGAAGAAAAACCCCCAAACAACACAAGCUGAGUCCAGAUGCCUUUGUGCAAAUGGCUCUUCAACUGGCCUACUUCAGGAUGUAUAAUAUUUGCUGCUCUACCUAUGAGAGCGCAUCGUUACGAAUGUUUAAAUAUGGGCGAACAGAUACAAUUCGUGCAACUACUACAGACUCGGUUAAAUUUGUCCAGGCAAUGCAAGACCCAGCGAAACAGAACGCAGAGAGGCUGGCGCUGCUGCAAGCGGCCGUUGGGACACACAAGGAGAACAUGUACAACGCAAUUCAUGGACAAGCCAUAGACAGACACCUCCUUGGACUGAAGAUGCUGAGUAUUGACGAGCUGACCUCCAUGCCUGAGAUAUUCAUGGAUACCUCGUUUGCCGUGGCUCAGCAUUAUAAUCUCUCCACCAGCCAGGUUGGCUCCAAGACAGACUGUGUGAUGUGCUUCGGUCCAAUGGUGCCAGAUGGCUAUGGAGUGUGUUACAAUCCCAUGGAUGAGCACAUCAACAUCGCCAUCACGGCCUUCAACAGCUGUGACGAGACGAACGCGGCCAAGUUUGCCCAGGCUGUAGAGGAUGCUCUGUUGGACAUGAGAGCUCUCCUGGAAGACACAGCUACGGCCGAGCAGUGAUCCCACACUGGAGGCUGGCAUGGUGCUUUUGUCCUGGCGGGCUGCGCGGGAGCUGGAACUGAACCGGUGCGGCGAAGUCGCUGGCAGAAUGCCACGCUGACAGAGACGCACAGUGUAAUGGGUGUGCUGGGGCUGAGGGGGAACCUGUCAUCAGAGGGUUGUGGGAAGUGCAAUGCGUGACUGCCUUUGUGAUGAGAAGCAAUUCUUUAUAAUGGGAGUUCUAUAUUUUAAUACAUUGUGUUAUAGCUACAUUUUUAAUUAAUAUAAGUUGUUGAUUUUAAUAGAAUAUAAUUUAUUCUUUAUUUAUACUUUACAAGUCCCUGGUGCAGUCUUCAAAAAUAAUACUGUCCUCGCUUGACUUAAAGAUUUUUAGUCUUUCCACUAACGAAAUAGAUAUUAAUGUUUGUUCAAAAACAUGUGAGUAUUGUAAACUAAAGAAAUGUGGAAAUCUGUUCAAAAUAUUUAUUAUCAAAGACGAAAAAAGGAAUAUUCGGCUCUGAAGCUCCCUUUGGAAUGCAGGUAGUCUCCAUGAAAUUCAAUUUCAGCCAUAUUUCCAGAGGAGUGCCACUGAAACAGCUGACGGCCUUUAAACACAUUGGUUUUUAAGACGUCCAUGUCCCGGAUCUGAGUAAGUAACACAAGGCAAAAGUAAUGCAGCAGUUAUUACACUAUAACAUAAAAACAAACCAUUUUGAAACGAUGGCAAACAAAAGAUGUCCGCACCAUGAUGUAUGUCGACUGGGAGUUGGUGGCGUUGAAUACUGGUCCUAUGUGUAGCGCUUGGAUUCUGAUCUUGACUGCGGGUGGGGCGUUGAUGAGCACUCGACAGGUGUGGUUAGUGUUGGACGUUGUUGGAUUCUCAAAGACACCAGUGGGGGAAAACAGCUGAACGUCACAAUCUGUGGGGCGAAGCCAUAAAACGUUUCAUCUCAACGCAAUAGUAUGAACGCCUGUCAAGUGAAAUGCAAUCCAAUGAAAUGGCCAGGCAAUGAGUAUGACAUCUGAGAAGCUCAAAGAUGUAACUUUUUGUUGAGAUUGUGUCAGAUGCUCAUUCUUCUUAAGCAGUUAAAAGUGCUAAAACAAUUCAUAGUUCAUAUACGAAGUGAGAGGACCAAAUAAAAGCACAGUACAAUACAAACUGUUGCAGCUGUAUUAUAUAUUGUUAUGACGAUAUUUUGGCUUUACUGUAAUUAUUGCAAGGCUCUUGUAUUGGAUUGCAUUACACUGCAAGUGUUCACAAUAUUGCGUACUCUCUCUGUCUACUUAUAGUUUUGAACCUUUAUGUUGCAACAUUGGGCUUCAUGGACUUAUAGCUGCAACCAUUCAAAAAAGCAAGUAAAGCCUCCUCUCAUCCGAUCUUUGGAGAUGAAGUACAUGUCGGCCAUUUGGAUAACAAAGAAACACAAAGCCCUCUUACCCUGGUGGUGGCUCUUCUUCAGUUUUUUGUGUGAAUUGUAGGUAAACACAACUCCGUUCCCGGGGGUGAGCAUUCUUUGGCGCACCAGCAGGACGUUGGUUCUGGUUGUCAGUUCACUAGCCCACUACCUGCUCGCGACUUCAUCACCAAUGCCAUGCGGUCAACAAAUGCGACAUACUCUUCUGCAAAAACAUAGAGUGACGGGUGUUUUAUUAAGCUGCAAUAGUCCACGACAUAGCAAAUAUCCUCAUUUUAUAUAUUAUAUAAAACAUACUUUUUCUGCAGUUCAAAGAGCCAGAUUCCACUUUAAUGUGAAUGACCUCAUCGAGGGGGCGACCUAUGGAUACCAGGCAGCGGCCAGUCACGUCUUUCAAAUCCACCGUGCCCGAUUUCUCCAAGAGUAGCUGUCCACAUGCACCUGGUGAAAAGCAGACACUGAAAUCAUAUUCCUGCAGGGCUGCCUGCAGCGCUCACUGAGCAUGGGGGUAGUUUAUGUGUACUAACUGGGUUUAGAUUGUUGGGGUGCUUGUUGGAGUGGCCUGUGGAACGGGUAUUUGCUCUGUUGGACUUGGAGAAAGAUGAUCCAAUGGGUGCUGCGGCGUAACUUUAGUGGUGACCUCUGAGGUGGGCAGAACGCAGCCGCCCAAAUAGCAGCCCUGGAUGGUGAUGGGUUUAGGCAUGUGCAUACAAAACAGAGGGCUGAGGGGCUCCGGCUUAGAGGGGCCCAUGCAGGACACGGCUCUGGACUGGAUCCCAUAUCCACACGGUACUGAGCACUGGAUCAGCAAGAUAUCACAAUAAACCUGAUUCACAUGAACAUGACUGGGAACAAGAAGAAGAGUUCUGUGUCCUGGGAAAGAAAUUGCUCAUAAAGAGCCAAAUCCCUGUGUUUGCAAGUGCAUUUAUAUAAUAGGCAGCUAUUCAUAUUUUGCAUUUUCAAAUUGUUUUUGAAAAUUCCAGAUAGCAAUUCGUUUUCAGUUAUUUCCACACAAUAUGAAAAUCAUUUGGUGUUACAAUAUCAUUGCAUGGUAAUGCAGUUUAAGUGCAGACUGAUUUGAAAAGUCUUGCAUGGCCCUUUAAAAGAAGACUGUCUCAAUAUUGACUAUGGUAAUAAGUAACACAUAAUUACAUAAUAAUGAAAGUGUGUAACACUCAUUUGGCUUUGUUUGAAUGUUCUAUUAUUAACUCUUUAUAUUAAGCAGUGCUGCAACUGGUGAUUCCUUUCAAUGUUGAUUAAUAGGAAGAUAAUCAUAUUCUGUAUAAAAUGCCGAUACAAAAUAGAUUCUGAUUUCUGCUUGACAAAUUAAUACAUUCAUCAAAAACGUUACCCAUUCAUUUUCUGUCAAUUGCCUUGUUGAUUGAUCAACUGAUUGUUUAACCUUGAUUCUAAUCUAGUCGUCACAGUCCGGUCCGUGUACCUGGCUCCAUGCUUUCACCUCCCAUCUGAAGGUGCAGACCUGCACCAGGCAGGGCACUGUGGUGGCUGGUUUCACAGCUGCAUAGCAGCUUUCCUCCGGCACCGCACUCUCAGUGCCGAGAACAAAUUGGACACAAGACACAGUCCUCUGAGCUACACCCAAGUCACAGGACGCUGAGCAGGGCGAUGCACCGAACUUCUUCCACCUGGACCAAUUACAGUAUUUUAAUAAUUUUACCUUUGCAAUAAAAAAUAUUAUAGA